GUCCAAAGAAAUGGAAAAUGGACAACACUUGCUGAUUAAGGCUUGAACCAUCUUAUCAACGUACUAUUCUUCUCACUGUUGAAAAUCUACAAGCCAAGACUGACAGUGCAAGUUCAUCACUGGUUGCUAUUAUUAAUAAUAAAUGGCUGAGGUCGGAGCGUCAGUAGCAGCAAAACUUGCUGAAUAUUUGGUGCAUCCAACUUUACAACAGCUGCAGUAUAUGUUCUAUGUUAGCAAGAUCACCGGAAACGUUGAGAUCAAAAAAAGGAAGCUAAUACUAAAGCAGGGAAAGGUGCAAGAAUGUGUUCAAGAGGCCAUCAAUAGGACUGAGAGGAUUGAUGGUGAGGUUACCAAGUGGAAGAAUGACGUGAAUAGCCUUAUAGCAGAGGUGGAGAAACUGGAGGAAGAACUAAGGGCCAACAAUGGUUGCCUUCAAGGGUGGUGUCCUACUUGGAGGAGAUAUUGUCUCUGCAAAAUGUUGGCUAAGACAACUCAGAGGAUGAUUGAUCUAGAUAUAAAGAGUGAUCACUUCAAUCCAUUUUCCCAUCCUGUUACUAUUUCUGAUAUUGACUAUCACUCUUCUCAAAAUUUUAAGCUCUUCAAUUCUACGCAAAAGGCUUUUGAUCAAUUGUGGGAGGCAUUGCAAGAUGAUGGUAACUCCAUGAUUGGGUUAUGGGGGAUGGGAGGGUCAGGGAAAACCACCUUGGUGAAAGAAGUGGGAAAGAAAGCCAAAAAGUCACAGCUAUUUGAUCGAGUUGUGCUCACGACAUUUUCUCAAAGCCUAGACAUAAGAAAAAUUCAAGGUGAAAUUGCUGACACGUUGGGGCUUGAAUUGAAGGAAGAAACUGAAAUAGGCAGAGCGAAAAGAAUAGCUCUACGAUUACAAAGUGGAGAACGAAUUUUGAUAAUACUAGAUUACAUAUGGGCUAUGCUGAACCUUGAGGACAUAGGGAUUCCCAUUGAAAGAAAUCAUCAAAGAAGUUGCAAGGUUAUCUUGACCACGCGUCGUCUAGAUGUGUGUACCUUGAUGGAAUGCCAAAACAAGAUUCAACUUCAUUUGUUAAAAGAAGAUGAAGCAUGGACUUUGUUUCAAACUCAUGCCAAUGUUGAUGAAGCUGCUAAGGAAUGUGUGGCACGAGCAAUUGCUAGGGAAUGUAAAGGCCUACCUAUUGCAAUUGUAGCUGUAGGAAGUUGCUUGAAAGGCAAAGGAAUUGAUGAGAUGAAUAUAGUGUUGUGUAGGUUGAGAAAUGCAAAGCCAAACAAUAUAGAUAAAGGUGUGAGGGAUGCUUUUGCUUGUCUUGAAUUAAGCUAUGAUUUUUUGGCAACUCUAGAAGCCCAGCGUUUAUUGCUAAUAUGUGCUAUGUUUCCUGAAGACCAUGACAUUGUUGUUGAAGACCUUUUUAGAUAUGGAGUGGGAUUAGGCCUAUGCAAAGAUGCAGACUCAUUUCAAACAGCGAGGAGCCAAGUUAGAGCAGCUAUAAAUGAUCUCAUUGACUCCUCAUUGUUGAUGCAUUCUUCUCUAAAGUUCAACGUGCAUGCACCAACACAUGUGAAAUUACAUGAUAUGGUUCGUGAUGUUGCAUUGUGGAUAGCAUCUAAAAAAGAUGGUAAUAUUAUGGUAAAUUGUACAAAAGAAUUAAACGAGUUGAUUGUUGACGAAGUGAUAAAAGGUUGCUAUGCCAUAUCUUCAUGGCAUGAAAAUAAUGAAUUACUUCAAUUUCCUUCUCAAUUGGAUGCCCCAAAACUUGAGUUUCUAUUGUUACACUCAAGGGAAACCUUAGAUAUAUCACAUGAAUUUUUUGAAGGUGCUAAAGGACUCAAGGCUUUGAUUAUUAUGUGUGUGGAUUGGGAUAGGAUUAAACUACAACCUUGUUUAAUCCAACACUUGUCAAACCUUCGAACUUUGAGAUUGCAAAAUUGGGAUUUACGUGACAUCUCUUUUGUGGUAAGCCUUAUAAGACUUGAAAUUCUUGACUUGCAAUUUAGUAAAUUUGAAAGAGUACCGAAUGGAAUUGAAAAGUUGAAGAAGCUGAAGUUGUUAGAUUUGUCAAGUUGUACAAUAGAUGAAUGUUGUUAUGAUGUAAUAGGAAAAUGCUCACAGUUAGAAGAGUUGUAUGUUCCCACACAUUCUCGACACUCAAAAAAUACAAAUUGCUAUGAAUACCUUGUGGGCCACACUGGUUUGAUGUAUUUGAGAAGGUAUAAUUUAGAAAUUAGGAAGCACGGCAGAGGCUUCGUAUUUAAGGGUGAACAUACAAGAUCUUUACGCUUGGGUCAGUUAAAUAUCUCUAUGUUGUUACCCACAAUAAUCAAGCAUCUUGCACAAAGAGCAACCAAGAUUGUAUUUUAUGAGCUUGAAGGAGGUAGCAAAAGUUUCAUCCCUGGUAUUGUCCAAGCUGUAGGAGGCAUGAAGGAGUUGAGUAGACUCUGUCUUCAAAGAUGUUCAAAGAUUGAAUGCAUUAUUGACGAAACUACUCUUCAAGAAGAUGCAGUUGUCCCCAAAUUGAAUGAGUUAGUGCUAAGAGAUAUGGAUAAUCUUGAACGACUAUGUCGUGCUCCUUCUCCUUUUAGCUUGUUCGAAAAGUUGGAAAGAUUAACCAUAUUCAACUGUCCUCAGUUGCUCCACAUAUUCCCUGUCGACUGCAGCUUAGGCAAUCUUAAGGUUCUCAAUGUUAACAAGUGUCCAAUUUUAACAUCUCUCUUUCCUGUCUCUGCUGUUUGCACACUGCUAUCCUUAGAAGAGCUCCGAAUAAAAUGUUGCAAUGAAUUGAAGCACGUAUUAGAUGAAGAUGGUGGUGUUGAUGCAUGGGUGAGUUUGAGAUUCUCAAAAUUGAAAAUUUUGUAUGUUAGGAAUUGCUGCAAUUUAGAAUCUGUGUGCCCGGUCUUCUUAGCUCAGAGAUUUGUACAAUUGCAAGAUCUAUCGGUAAUAAAUGCUCUACAGAUGAAAUCUUUGUUUAGUGAAAAUGCUGGUGAAGAAGAACCAAUGUUUGAUCACGAUGAGACUCAGAUAGUUCUUCCUCUUUUAGAAUAUCUCAACCUGAAAAAUCUUCCAAAUCUUGUCCAAAUUUGCUCAGAGAGGUAUCAUCCAAGGUGUCCAUCUAUAAAGACAAUAGAAUGGAAAGACUGCCCAAAUAUGGAAUUGAAGGAACUUAAAGGCCAUCAAUUGUGGAAUGAAGAAUACAAGUCAUUGGCAACUAUAGAAAGGAUUCGACUUGAUAAUUGUGGAGUAGAAUCCAUUUUAAACCACCAGACUGGGGUUGAAGGACAAAUUCCAACAUUUCAAUACCUUAAAGAAUUAACUCUGGAAAAUUGCGCAAGAUUAAAAUUUGUCUUUUACGCUCAUAUCUUUCAAAGUCUCCCAGGGUUAAUUUCUGUAAACAUAUCUUGUUGUGAGGAGUUGGAGGCAAUUUUUUGGGGAAAUGAAGAGACUGAUAAGAAUCCACCCGCCACUGAAUCUUGUCUGCUGAAAUUGAAGAGGGUGGAGAUCUCUAAGUGCAACAAGCUUAAAUUCCUUUGCAUGCUCGGUGCUGCUACCUCAAUGCUUCCACAACUAGACACUCUAAUCAUAUCAGAUUCUUAUCAAAUGGAACAAAUUUUUAGAUGCUCAAAUAUUGAAAAUCAAGGCAUUGACAGUGAAAAGGAGAUUUUGCUCCCAAAAAUGAAACUUAUGAAACUUCAGAACUUGCCAAGGCUUGUUAAUGUCUGCCAAGGGUUUAAGUUGCAAACAUGGGAGUUUUGCACUGUUGAGGUUCAUGACUGCCCAAGACUUGUGCCAAUUAUGAGUGCAAUUAUUGAUUGGACUAAAGAGGGACUUGAAAGGAAGUAUGUGUUGAAAGACAGCCAGUUAAAUAAUAAUAAGGCUUUCAAUCGUUCGCUUCCUAUUCUAUAUGCUGGAGAACUUGAUACUCAACGUCCUAGAGUUGAACACAAGUGGCGAGUGAUUGGUGAUGAUGAGCGAGAAGAAACCAACGACUCAGAAAUAUUGAGGUCAAAACAACAAAUGCUGGGAGGUCUUGUUCCCACAGAAGUUUUGAGCUUCCAAUAUCUUUGUUCCUUAGAAAUAACUCACUGUAAAAAGCUGAAGUUCGUAUUCUCAAUGAGCACUAUUGUCCACAACAUCCUUCCCAAACUGACUUCGCUAGCCUUAUUUGAUUGUGAGGAACUAGAGGAAAUAAUUGCAGAAAAUGAGGAACAUCAGAUCCUGUCCAACGUUCAAGUUGGCUUCCCAGAAUUAAGAUGGGUGGCUGUUAAGAGGUGCAAUAAGCUCAAAAGACUCUUCUCUACGUCCAUGGCUACCAUCCUUCCACAACUAAACUCUUUGUUGAUAACUGAGGCUGACCAAUUAGAGGUGAUUUUUGGACAUAGUAGUGAAGAUGAUACCAACAACGGUGAGAUUGUGCUUUCAAGCUUGGGGAAGGUAGAGCUAACAAAUUUGCCAAAUUUCAUGACUGUUUGUCAAGGGUUGCAGAUUCAGGCGCAGCUAAGCGACAUAUGGAUACACAACUGCCCCAAAUUUGUGGAUUCAAGUUUGGGAAGGGCUCUUCAACAAUUGGGAACAAUAUCGGUUUCAACAGAAGAUUCAAAUGUUCAAAUUUCAUCAAAUGUAGAAGAACAAUUGCCUGCAAGUGAGGAAAAAGGGAUGAUCUUGAUCUCAAGAGCAGAGUACUUGCACAUAUGGGAUUCAAUUAGCCUCAUAUCUGUAUGGGAGGGUCCCACUUUCAUCAUCUUCCAAAAUCUGAAGGAGCUAUACGUGAAUGAUUGUAGUAGAUUGAAGUGUAUAUUCCCCAGCGCUGUGAUAAGAAGCCUACCAUGUUUGUCGCAUCUAGACAUUGAUUACUGUGAAGAGUUGGAGGAGAUAAUGUCAUCAGAGCAUCACUUCCCAAAUGCAUAUUCCUCUCAUUCCUUCUGCUUCCCACAGCUUGAGACUCUUAGCGUCUUCGGAUGCAGAAAGUUGAAAUGGCUCUUCCCCUCUCUGCCUUCUGCCCAACAUCUUCCACAGUUGAAAUAUCUGAGGAUUAGCUGGUGCUCUGAACUAAAGGGACUUUUUAAUGGUGAACUUGAAGUCCAUGACGAGGAAGGCUCCAACAACAACAUGCUUCCAAUGCUGAGAGAUCUUCAGGUAGACGAUUGCCCAAACUUCUCCAAAACCACACUUGCUGCUCUUCAAAGUCAGCAGCAACAAAAAGAAGCGAAAGAUGGUGAUGAUGAUGAUUGAUAUAUAUAUAUAUAUAUAUAUAUCCCUGUUUAACUAAAGAGGAGGAUAUGUUUGAGAUUGUGUCUGCCUCUGAUCUUCUUCAUUUAUCACUUUAAGAUGCAUUGCAGAAGGGAUUCAUAUGUCUCAUGUUUAUUUAAAUACUUUGGUUUGUUGUCUACAUAUAGUAAUAAAAGUUUCACUUCACACU